AUGGUCAGAGGUUCGGAUGAGAGUUUGAACCGCGGCGCUUCUGCUCCGGCAGUGGCCUCCCCGGCCCCGGUUCCCAGCCCCGCCAUGUUCCUGUCGUCGGUGUUCGGGUGGAGUGAGCGGUGCCCCGCGGGCAGCCGGCGGCCCCGGCCGGACCUGGUGCCCGACACGCUGACGCUGGAGCUGAGCUGGCAGCUGAAGCGGGCCGAGCGGCUGUGGCGGGAGCGCCAGGCGGAGGGCCGGCGGCUGCGGACCGGAGCCGACUACUCGUGGCUCAGCGCCCUGCCUCGGCGCGCCUACCAGCUGCCGCCCGUCGAGGAGCUGGAACUGCGGGAACUGUGCUCCAGGAUCAAGCCGUUCCAGUGUGGCCCUGUCAUCCUCAGCUUCCGGAAGCUGGUCCAUGAGUUUGAGCCCGAGGUGCACGAGGUUCCGCGGCUGUUCCGCUCAGCUCUCCUGGACUUCAUCGAGCGGGAGGAGGAGGAGGAGAUGCCGGAGCGAAGGGUCCCACAGCAGCAGCUGGGGAGGAAGUGGCAGCACGGCCUCUCCCUCAUCACUCUGAGGUCCCGGCUCAGAAUUAACCCCUUCUGCCAGGAAGCGUCCGAGCUGGGGCAAGUCACCGCCCGCCGGGCAAGGAGCAUGCCCGAGUUUGACGUCCGCGAGGACGACUAA